CAAAAUCUGCAGAAUGAAGCUGAUCACCGUUACUCUCAUCGUCGCCCUUGUGGCCGUCGCCCAGGGUGGCAAGCUCACCGACAAGCUGUCCAAGAUGGUCCCCAGCUUCGCCACCGGUUUCGUGAUCAACGGCACCGAGGCUGAUCCCCACUCGGCUCCCUACAUCGUCUCGCUGGCCACCAAUCCCGCCAAGCACUCGCACAUCUGCGGUGCCACCAUCAUUGCCAAGGACUGGAUUGUGACCGCCGCCCACUGCAUCUCCAACCCGGUUGGCAUGAGCGCCAUCGCUGGUCUGCACACCCGCGCCGAGGUCGAUGAGCUCACCCAGCAGCGCACCAUCGAUUUUGGCCGCGUUCAUGAGAAGUAUACCGGCGGCGUUGGACCCUUCGAUAUCGCCCUUCUGCACGUCAGCGAGCCCUUCGUCUUCAACGAGUGGGUGUCACCCGCCACUCUGCCCAGUCGCGAACAGGUCCAUGAGGGAGAGACCCAUCUGUACGGAUGGGGACAGCCCAAGUCCUAUGUCUUCACUGCCGCCAAGACCCUGCAGACCGUGACCACCGAUAUUGUCAACUAUAGCGAAUGCAAGGAGGCCCUGCCCGAGGAUGCUCCCCUGGCUGAAACCAACAUCUGCUCCGCCUCCCAGCAGCAGAGCAAGAGCGCCUGCAACGGUGACUCUGGCGGCCCUCUUGUCGUGGAGUACGAGGAUGCUGCCUCCGAGCUGAUCGGCAUCGUGUCCUGGGGCUACAUUCCCUGCGGCUUGGCCCAGAUGCCCUCCGUCUACACCCGUACCUCUGCCUACAUCGACUGGAUCUCCGAGAUUCAGGCCGCCUACUACAAGCUCUUCUAAGCGCAGACUCGCGUGGGAAACAUGUGAUGUAGAAAAGGAUCGGGAUCACUUUGGAUCUGAGAUAUGAUCGAUUGUUGAAUAAAUGCAUCCGACUAAA